AUGACUAGUCACGAGAUCCCAAUACCGCGCGACCCAACUGAAGACGAAGCACUUGCCCUUUUCAAAGCAGUCGAGGAGAAAUUUCCGUCAAAAUCGCUUGGAUCUGACAAGUGGUACAUCUUGACUUACGCAGCAAUGGUUGGUGGCGGCCAGCCUGGUUUCGCCCCAUUGCUAUACAAAGAGCUCAUCAAGCGACCUGAAUAUACUACGUCAGAACAGCGACAAGGGUUGAUGCGACGCAUACGAGAGACGCUGUUCAAGCUGAUCGUGAUCAUUGGUGUCUGCAAACCACUAGAGGCAGUCUUCGACAUCGAUGCGAUCACGCGAGCUGAAGACAAAGACUACAGCUUUUCAAGAGAAGGUUGGCAGUGCGAUGAGGCCAAUGCGAAGCGUGGCUUCGCCUGGCAAGAUCGGUUAUACAAGCAUAACCAACAAAAUAUCGACAACGUGCUGGCCUCGCAGCGGGACUUUGACUGGACGAGUAAGCAGAUCACGUAUGGGCUUUACCUGUCCGAUCACAGUAUUCUGAACGAUGUGGAGACUGAGCUCACGGUGCUCUCUGGCAUCAUGAUCCAGAAUCUUCCCAGAGAGACAGCAUGGCAUCUACGAGGUACAAGACGGAUAGGAGUGAGCAUGGAGGAUGUUGAGACUAUCCAACAAUGCGUAUGA